CUGCCAGCGAGCUCGUGUGCCAGAGUGCGUGCGGAGAGAGCCCGGUGCGCUGCCGGUGCGUCGAUGCGCGAAGGGCACAAUGCAAUGGGCGGUCGGCGGGUCCGGAGUCCGGCGCCGGAGCCCGAUCCGGGGAAAUAGCCGGUCUGGGGUAGGACGCCACCCGACCGGCCGCCCUCAGCCUCUCCUCCUCCCGCCGUGCAAUUUAUACGCAUCCAUGUCUGCACAACACACACCGCCUCUCUGCCCCGCCAGCCAUGGACCCGACCCCCGCUGUCCCCGCGCCUGACCUCUUCUCCCUCGCCGGCCAGAACGUGCUCAUCACAGGCGCCUCCCGCGGUAUCGGCGCCGCCUGCGCCCUCGCCCUCGCAGAGGCUGGCGCCAACAUCUGCCUCGUCGUCCGCCCCGCGCCCAGCGCGAACCUCGCCACCGCCGACGCGAUCGCCGCGCUCGGGCGCACCGUCACGACCGUUGAGUGCGACCUCGCGGACCUCGCCGCGGUCAGGCAGGUCUUCGCGAAGGCGCUCGAGGCCGUCGGCGGCGACAUCCACGUCCUCGUCAACUGUGCGGGCAUCCAGCGGAGAUCCCCGGCCGUCCAGUUCCCCGAGAGUGAUUGGGACGAUGUGCGUCUGUGUCUCUCGCUCGGCCGCUCCGCCUGUCGUCCCUCGUUCCGCCUCCCGUCUCGAUCCCCUUUCGCUCCUUCAGCCUCCGUUGCUGUCACUGUCGCCCGUGUCAGUCCUGCCGCAUCCGUGUGCGGUUGCGGAACGCGUCCCGCGCUACCGCGCGUCGGCCUUCUCCUCUCAGCGUUACUUCUCCCUGCGUACGCCGUCACUGUCAAUGUCUGGCCCGCGCUAUCCCCACGCUUUAGCGUUCGCGUCUCGGGGCGCGCGAGCAAAGCAGGGGCAACCGGGUCCCGCCGCCCUCAUAGGCUGGCUGCCUCCGAGCCGGGACAGCGGUGCGCGCCUUGCGACGUACGACACGAGUGUGAAUAUGGAAUUGUGCGUCUGCAUCUGCGGGCGCGCAAUUUGCGCUUGCCUAUUCCCUCGCCUGCCCCCUCCAUUCGUGGCAUAGCGCGGCACGCUAUCUCUCUCUCCGUAUCUAGCUCGAAGCGAAUCUGCACCUGGUGGGCGGCACCUCUUUGCCUCGGACCCAGCGUGACCGGCGAGAUGAGCUCGGGAUGCGGGGUUCCCCCGUCUGACCCCACAUCACUAGCCCGCCUCUCGCACUCAUCCGCGGGGGUGCUUCUCUCUGCACUUUCCACGCAACUUUGCAGUUGAUGGGAUGCGCUGCCAGCUGGGCAUGUGAGCGCCGCCGCGUGCCUCGUACAUGAAUCCGCGCAUCCAGGGCGCUCUCUUGGCUUUCGCAUGAGCGCGCCGUUCUGCGCGUAUGAUCUCCCAUUUCGUCUGCGGCGUCGCGAACGG